CAUGCAUCUGCCUGCAGUCACAGGGUGUUUCCUGCUGAACCUGCGUGUCUCCUCCAAGCCACACCAGUCCCUCAAAACCUUUCCUUUUGGGCCUUUCCCAGAAAUAAAUUAUUGGAGGAAAGUAUAAAAGACCAGUUCUUCCAAGCAGAGCAACUCCCCUGGCUGCUACAGGAGGCCAAGGCGCUUGGCAGGUAGACUUCUGCUGGCUCAAUACUCUCCUGGAGUCACAAAGAGAAGGACUGUGGUUCUCCUCGGGGCCAUAGAGGUACCAGGACAGGAGCCCACUGAGCGUUCAAGCCACUUGAGAACUCCCCUUAGGGAAAAAAGCAAAGCGCCCGGGAGAAUCUUGGCCAGAGAGCCAUGAAGGACCUUCUCCAUCUCCAAACCUUUUUACUUUCCCUGACCUUGCUCCAGGCUGCAGUGUCUGCCACAAAGGGGCAGAUCACCAGCCCUGCUACCAUCACUGAUACUGUGAGUCAAGUCAAGGUCCUAGUCAACAAGGCCUUCCUGGAAUCCCGGACCAGGCUGAAGGCUGCCAUGACCUCCGAGGUGCCCACCCCCCGACAGCUUGCAGAAUACUUCAAGCAUGCCAAAGGCCGAGCGCGUACAGCCAUCCGCAGUGGGCAGGUGUGGGAGGACUCCUUUAAGAGGCUGAGGCAGAAAGACACUUUGACAAAUGUCACAGAGCUCAGCCUAGACUUGACUGCACUCUACUGGGAGGUGGGCUGCGGUGUCCCUGUUCCUGCGGCGGGGUGCGACCAGAACAGCCCUUACCGCACCAUUACUGGAGACUGUAACAACCGGAGGAACCCCGCGCUGGGCGCCGCCAACAGGGCGCUGGUGCGCUGGCUGCCGGCCGAGUACGAGGACGGGCUCUCCCUGCCUUUCGGGUGGACGCCGGGCAAGACGCGGAACGGCUUCCCUCUCCCGCUGGCCCGUGAGGUGUCCAACCAGAUUGCAGGCUACCGAAAUGAAGAGGGUGUUCUGGACCAAAACAGGUCCCUGCUCUUCAUGCAGUGGGGUCAAAUUGUGGACCAUGACCUGGACUUUGUCCCUGACACCGAGAUGGGCAGCAGCGAGCACUCCAAAGAGCAGUGUGACGAGUACUGUAUCCAGGGAGGCAACUGUUUCCCCAUCAUGCUACCACCCAAUGACCCCAAGUUGAAGACUCAAGGGAAGUGCAUGCCUUUUUUCCGAGCCGGGUUUGUCUGCCCCACUCCACCUUACCAGUCCCUGGCCCGAGAGCAGAUCAAUGCCCUGAACUCCUUCCUGGAUGCCAGCUUAGUGUACGGCACCGAGCCCAGCCUAGCCAGUCAGCUGCGCAACCUCAGCAGCCCCCUGGGCCUCAUGGCUGUCAACCAGGAAGUCUGGGACCAUGGGCUGGCCUUCCUGCCCUUUGAGCGGAAGAAACCAAGCCCCUGCGAGGUCAUCAACACCACCGCCCGUGUGCCCUGCUUCCUGGCGGGAGAUCCCCGAGCCUCCGAGCAGAUCCUCCUGGCUACUUCCCACACCCUCCUUCUCCGAGAGCACAACCGGCUGGCCAGAGAACUAAAGAGACUCAGCCCUCAGUGGGAUGGAGAAAAGCUCUACCAGGAAGCCCGGAAAAUCCUGGGAGCCUUCAUGCAGAUUAUCACCUUUAGGGACUACCUACCCAUUGUGCUAGGUGCUGAGAUGCAGAAGUGGAUCCCUCCCUACCAAGGCUACAAUGAAUCUGUGGAUCCUCGAGUUUCCAAUGUCUUCACCUUUGCCUUACGCUUUGGCCACUUGGAGGUCCCUUCUGUGUUUUCCCUCCUGGAUGAGAAUUAUCAGCCAUGGGGGCCAGAACCUGACCUCCCUCUGCACACCCUCUUCUUCAACACCUGGAGGAUGGUCAAAGAUGGUGGAAUUGACCGUCUGGUGCGGGGCCUGCUGGCCAAGAAGUCCAAGCUGAUGAAACAGAAUAAAAUGAUGACAGGAGAACUGCGCAACAAGCUUUUCCAGCCCACGCAGAAGAUCCAUGGCUUUGACCUGGCCGCCAUCAACAUACAGCGCUGCCGGGACAAUGGGAUGCCUGGGUACAACUCCUGGAGAGGCUUCUGUGACCUCUCACAGCCCCAGACACUGGCGGAGCUGGGCGCUGUGCUGCGGAACAAGAUGCUGGCUGAGAAGUUCCUGGAUCUCUAUGGGACCCCUGACAACAUUGACAUCUGGAUAGGGGCCACUGCUGAGCCCCUGGUGGAAAGGGGUCGGGUGGGGUCUCUCCUGGCCUGCCUUCUGGGGAAGCAGUUCCAGCAGAUCCGUGAUGGAGACAGGUUCUGGUGGGAGAACCCUGGGGUCUUCACAGAGAAGCAGCGGGACUCUCUGCAGAAAAUGUCCUUCUCACGCCUUGUUUGUGACAACACCCACAUCACCAAGGUCCCACUGGACCCAUUCCAGGCCAACAGCUACCCCCGAGGCUUUGUGGAUUGCUCAGACAUUGAUAAGCUGGACCUUUCUCCCUGGGCCUCAGUGGAGAAUUAGGGGCCUGGACUCCACAGCCUCCCACUCUGGGCAGUAGAGCUCCCUUUGGUGCAUGACGCCAUUUAAAGCAAGUUCAGUGCCCGGACCCAUUAGAGCUCCACCCCGCAGGCCCAGUACUCUUCACCCAGGUUUCUCUACACUCAGCAGGGCCAUACUUCACUCAAGCCCAAGGCCAGCCGCCUCAGCCUUUCCAAAUCUUCCACUUGAAUCCCACUGCUCCCACCCUGUCCCCUCUGCUUGUGGAAGUCCCCCUUUCUGGCAUAGCAUAGGCCCUCUGAGAUGCCCUUCAAGUCUAGCUUGCCAGACGUCACCCAUCGUCUCCCUGGAACAAGUCUUGGCUAAGGCUGUAGGCUCUGCAUGCUUAUCUUUCCUCCCUUCCUUUCAAACUGGACUGUAAGCUCCUUGAAACAAGAUGUCUGUCUGCCUUCACGUGUCUACUGUGUCACCCAGCAUAGUGCUGGGCACACAGUGAGUGCCCAGUAACACCUGAUGAUUGACUAAAGAUGCUGGCAAUGGCACUGUGCCCUUCCAGAAGGCAGGCCUUGGAAUCACCACCAAAUAAACUAGAUGUUUAUGGUC